UACAAACAUCACAACCUCUGGAAUUAGUCUGUAUGGACUUUUUGACACUGGAACCAUCCAAGGGCGGACAACAACAUAUUCUUGUAGUCACCGAUCACUUCACCAGAUAUGCACAGGCAUAUCCAACCAGAAAUAUGACUGCCAAGACCACUGCUGAUGUAUUCUUUCACAACUUUGUGGUACAUUAUGGAUUACCUGUGCGUAUUCAUUCAGAUCAAGGUGCCAACUUUGAAGGAGCUCUCAUGAAAGAACUAUGCACAUUGACCAACAUGCAGAAGUCUCGCACUACGCCCUAUCAUGCCAUGGGUAAUGGCAUGUGCGAACGGUUUAACAGGACACUUCUCAACAUGCUUGGGACACUUGACCCAGAGAGCAAGAAGGACUGGAAGAGCCACGUUGGACCUUUGGUACAUGCAUACAACAGCACAAGGCAUGAGGCUACUAAAUAUUCACCAUUCUUUCUGAUGUUUGGGAGAGCUCCAAGAUUACCAGUAGACUUGGCAUUUGGUUUAGACAUUGAGCCAGAGAAGUCGAGAUCCAUGUCUAAAUACAUCAGGAACCUCAAAGAUAAUCUACAACAGGCUUAUGAACUGGCAUCUGCCAAUGCUAAGAGGUCUCAGACAAGGCACAAGUCAAACUACGACUACCGAGCGAGAGCAACACAACUGGAAAAAGCAGAUAGGGUAUUGGUGAAAAAGGUGGCAUUCGAUGGGAAACAUAAACUGUCAGACAAGUGGGAGGAGGAUGUGUAUAUCGUAAUUAAACAGCCAAAUCCCAGCAUUCCAGUUUAUGUUGUACAGAAAGAGCGUGGAGAUGGAAAAACCUGUACACUCCAUAGGAAUCUGCUUUUGCCCAUCAGUUCCUUACCAUUGGAAACACCGAUUCCUAAGCCAAGACACUCAGACAGGACACUGCUUGGACCAUCCCCCAAGGAAGACAGGAGUCCCUUGUCUGACGAAGAUCAGGACCAGGAAGAAGAAACAGAUGACAUCACCAUUGUUGUUUCUCGUGACCCAUCAGACCCGUCAGUGUCAACUGAUAAUCCAGAUGACAGGCCGACUGAGGGAGAAGCACAAGACAGUGCUGUUCUGGAUGAGGUCGUGACAGGAGAAGAGGAAGUGGUAGAUGCUGCUGAAGAUGUCCACAGCUCUGACGCCCAAGGAACGGAGCAGGAUGCAGACUCUUCACAGAAUGAACCACAGGCUCCUGAAGACGGUCCUGGUGACACACAGACCCAACCCAAGGUCGCUGUCCCACCUAUACCAGCACCAAGGAGAUCUACCAGAGAGAGAACAAGACCAGCAUGGCAGACCAGAGGAGAUUAUGUAAUGUCUGCGUUAUCUCCAUCAUCAUCAUCACCAUCACCAUCAUCAGACUGGCUUGGUCGUGCAGAGUACCUCAGCUCCCUAAUGGCUAAGGGUGUAUUUGCAGGCAGAUCAGAGAAGGCACUGGAUGCGUUGGUCAACUUGGUAGCUGGUAAGCAAGAAUGA